GAUUUGGUGCCCCUUCCAGGAGCCAGCUCACUGGAAAGGCAAAGAGGUACAGCUUGUUCUGCAAGGAGGUGCAAAGCCGAAUCCUCUCGGAGUGAUGGUCUAUAGCACAGAGGCGUCUGUCCAGACUCAAAGCCCGGCUGCAGUCUCGGCUCCGAGCACAGUCCAGGAACGCUCGGAGGCAAAGGAUGUGAUAAGAUUCUGGCUGUUUUCCAGUUUGGAAAAGAAGCCGUCCAGCCCCAGGGUAUCUCUGAGGACUAAGCAGGAGGAUGUGCCACGUCAGAGAUCAUCACCUUCACCAAGUCGAAAACAGAUCACUCCCACCUCUCCUCCUGAAUCCCCUCGAGGCCCCGGGGCCUGCUCGGCUGUCAGCACCAUCACCCACCUGGAGAUGGACCUUCAGCGGGAAGGCGGCAAAAUGACCUCCAAGGACGAAGAAGGAGAUCAUCUUCAAGAACUGCCCUUCACCCCCAUCCAUGCUCCUGUCAUUACUCUGGGAGUGAAUGUGCCGAGCUCCUGCUCAGUCAGCUCCAGGAGCUCUCUGGCACACCUUUUCUCCGCCGGCUUUCCUGAAAUCCUUGACUGCAGCGGGCAGGUGGCAGAAGUCCUGGACCCGACUGAACCUAUGCCCUUCGAUCCUCAGCGGGAGGAGGCUGACCUUUUACAGGGAAACCUGCUGGUGUUUGAGUUUCUGGCAUUUACCAGAAUACCAGGAGCAGGAGUUGAAAGUGACUGGCCUCGCAACAUCUAUGUUACCUUCCAGUUUUAUCGCUUUCCACCUGUCACCUCGCAGCAACUUAAGCUGUUGACCAGCGAUAAAGUUCGGCCCAAAGCUAAUGAGGCACUUCCUUGUGUCUUAGCCACCAUCAACAAAGACGGAUCUGUUAAUACUGGUUCUCCAGGCCUGCAGAUUCAGUUCAGAGUUGAUGACGAUUUUUUGAGGCCAAGAGAAAAACGCUGGUUCCUCCGCCACCUGGCCCUCCAUACCAUGCACAUCGAUGUUUGGGACAGCGACUCGUUGCUCCUCAUUGGUUCUACCGCCAUGGAGCUCAAGUACUUGCUGCGUCAAGGGAAGCCCGCCGUCCAGGCUCUUCACGAGUUGGAGAUCCUGACCACAGACUAUGUGGAGGAGGAUACUUUACUGCCUGACGCAGAUCAGUAUCUGCGUUCAACAUCCACCGCGAUGAUGGUUUACGCCAUUGUCAGAGGCCGGCUCCACAUACGAACGGGCAGCAUAGGAUGUCCAGCUGACCCCAGCAGGAAGAGGGCAGCGAAUGGGAUAUCGUCUUAUUCUCACAUCAUCACGCCUCGUGAAGUCACCACCGGCUUUAGAGGAGGAAGCCUGUCAACCCGAAACAUCCUUCAACUUAACGCUAGGAACACGGCUCGAGAACACAGGCUGGAUGGAGAGCUGGUGCUGCUGAACAGAAACAGGAUCAGAGCUCGGGACAUCAUCCCUGAAGCACAAAGCCUGAACAGCGACAGCAGACGGCGAAAGCUGGACUGCAUGGCUGCAGUGCAUCGACUGGAGGCUAAAGAGAACACAACAGCAGCCAAUGUUAUGGGUCUAAAUCCAGCAACUCGGCUGAUCAGAGAACAUCAACCCAGCGACGAGUACAGCAAAGCAGAGGGAAUUGCGAGCAUGCUGAGCCAGGCCAUCACCACACAACACCUCCUCUAUGCCAGCCUGGGCUCUGCUGAAUACAUGGAGUUUGUCCUGAAGAAUCCCUUUAAUGUGCCUCAGACCGUCACCAUUCACAGCGACGACUCUGAGCUCAGCGUCAUCACUGACACCGAGGAGUGGCGUUACUUCAAAGCAAUAACGAAAACCUCUACCCCGCUGGAGGAGAACAUGUUUCACAUGGAAGAAGCAGCUCCUGGUCCCAGGGUUUAUCUCCGGCCUAAAGAAAGUGUCCACAUUCCCCUGAAGUACCAGAGUUUCCUAUGCAACCACACCAUAUCUGUCCAGGGACCAAGCUUCUUGCCUACAGGCAAAGGUUCCCAGAUGGCCAAGAAGACGCUGUCCAACAUUAUUAAUGCCAAAAUUAUCAAGGUUACAUUCAGAGCAGACGAUGGAAAGCCGAUGGCCAUCUGCCAGGUCAACGUGGAGCCAACGCCCCACGUUGUGGACCAGACUUUCCGACUUUACCACCCUGAACUUUGUUUCCUUAAAAAGGCCAUCCGCCUGCCGCCGUGGCAAGGCUCAACAGCCGAAGACCCAAAUUCCUGCUCUGAUAUUUCUGUGCACUGCAGUGACCCUAAUAUCGUCUGCCAGACGAGGAUGCUGGUUCCUGGAGAGCCUCAGGAUGUGUACUUAAAAGUACCAGGGAGUCCCAGUCCACACAUAAAGAUGUUCUUUGUCAUGGUUUUCACUGACAAGUGGAAGGCGGCGCCCUCUCAGAUCUGGCAGGUGUACGUGCAUUUUCUGGAGCGGGUGGACCUCAGCUGCGUGACUGGCCAGAGAACCUGUCAGUCACUGGUUCUGAGGGGCAAACAGGCCGUUCGCAAGAUCAAAUGUUUCCUGUCACACCCCAAAGAAAUUGAGGUGGACCCGGCCGGUGUGUUUGUUUUGCCUCCCGCCGCUGUGCAGGAGCUCCAGCUGAGGGUUCAGCCAUGGCAGGCUGGCAGCCGCUUCCUGUAUGUGAACGCUGUGGACAUGGAUCAGAAAAGGCUGGUGGCCGCCUGGCUCCUGUGUCUCCGUGUCCACCGUCCUGUCCUGUCAAAGGCAUUCGAAGUGUCCGUCCCAGCUGGUAAUGGGCGUGGCAGCUCCAGAAAAAUUACCUACACCAACCCUUACACCAGCACACAGACGUUCCUGCUCCGCUCCGACCAUCCCGACCUGCUCCAGUUCAGAGAGGAUAAGUUCCAGAUUGGCGGUGGAGAGAGUUACACGAUCGGAUUGCGAUUCGCUCCCAGCCAGAGUUCGGGCUCGGCAGAGAUCCUGGUUUACGUCAACAACUCCGAGGAGAAAACCGAGGAAACGUUCUGCGUCAAAGUCAACUAUUCUUGAGCAUCGGUCUGAAAAUGCUGCUUGUAUUUGAGUAAUAUUUUAUCACUCGGUCUAGUUUUAUAAAAUAUUUGUUGAUGCAUUUUUCUUUUUCUUUUUUUUGUAUUGUGUGAUUUUGUACAAUUGCGGCCGUACUAAUAAUACAAAAUGAAAAAAUUAAAUAAAAUUACAAGAAUAAAAUUAGAAUAUUACGAGAGUAAACUCGUACAAGGCAUAAUAUUAUGAGAAUAAAGUAGAAUUAAUACAAUAAGAAAGUUGUACUAAUAUGAGAAUACUCAUAAUUUUACUUAUUUCUUAUUUAACCUUUAUUUCAACAUUUUUACUGUAUCUUUGUACAACUUUAUUCACGUAAUACCAUGACUUUAUUCUUGUCAUUUUAUUUUUAUUUUCUUAGCAUAGCCCUAAUUAUCUGUUGCAGUUUUGUACUUUGUAAAUAAUAAAUGUAAACCGUUGACUCAAUUAGUUUGUUUCAAAAACAGCAUCAUAAACCCAGACAGCACCACGCUCACAGUUUCCUGUAGCGGCUGAGGCUGAUUCCCACUUCCCAUCCACGGACAUGUCCAGCCGAAUGCAACAUCAGGGCGAAAGCAGUAACAUUUCAUUGGCUCUAAUUACCCAGUCAGCCCACUUGAACGCCACUUGACGGUUGGGUUUUCAUCUAGGACAAGCCGGCGCUUCGACCUUCACGUCUCCCCACUUUUUAAACAACUUAUUCUCAUCGCCGGUGUUAUUAGAAACCCCGCUGUAAUGAGGUAUGAUUUUAUUUAGCAAGGCGCACAUCUCUACACAGCGCCCUCAUUAACACAAGCACCCUUUUAAGCCCUCCACGCUCUCCCGCUGCUUGCUGCGCUCUGUGUUUCCCUGUUUGAGGAGCUGGGAGACAGAGAAAGAGAAGGCCAUGCAUAUUGUGUUAUAUAACUCAGAGUUACACAAUUCCUCCUCCUCCUCCUCACCCGCUACCGCCGCCGCCCCCCACGCUCUCCCUCCCCUGCUCGCUUUCAGUCUCAUUAGAAUGCAGGCUGCAAAAUAAGCCUCAGCACAGCAGCAGCAGACAAAUAAAACAAAGACAGUCACUAAGCCGGGUUCAUCGUAUUGUCUUUAGAUGUUUCAAGUCAACGUAAAAAUAGGCAGAUAAAGUUUUGUUUACUUUGUCGUCUACACUUUGGAACAUUCUGUCGCAAUGUUCACAACGUUCUGGCCAGUUGUGCUGAUCUUCAUGUAAAGUCUUGACGCUUUAUGUGCAGGUCAUUUACUGCCCCUGUUCACGACGUUCCUGACGCCAAUCACUUCUUGCAUAACCCCAUUUCAGAAAAACGUUCUGCUUCUCAACAACAAUAUGUGUAAAUUAAAUCAGCUUCCUUCAAGAUGCUUGCAAAAAAA